AGAAGUAAACAGAAUUUUGAAUUUCUUUUUUUUUUAUCUUCUUUUACUUUUAAAUGUAACUGUUAAUUGUUGUUAAUUUGUAGUUAAUUAAUUUAGUUUUAUUUUACAUUUUUCUCCACACCAUGGAUUAUAUUAAAAAAGCCAAGGUUGAUGGAGUCCGUAAAUUGGAUCGUUUUAGUUCACAAAAUUCUGGUAGCAGUAGAUAUGGUGCAGUUGCCUCUGGUAUUUUAGGAACCCUUUUCCUGACCCCGACUCAUCUAAUUUUUACCGACACUGAUGGUAAACGUGAUACAUGGAUUCUCCAUUCUCAUUUGGGUACAAUUGAAAAAUUAUCAACCUCUUCGAGUGGAACACCACUUCACCUGAGAUGUAAAAAUUUUCGCUGUGUUACCUUUGUCAUUCCAAAGGAGAAAGAUGCCCAUGACAUAUACAUUAGCUUGGUACAAAUUUCCCAGCCAACCUCAAUUAAUGAUCUAUUUUGUUUCCAGUAUUCUGCUUUCAAUGAAGAUCUAGGAAAUGAUAAAUUAACCGCAUGGAAUAAGUUUAACAUUAUCAAUGAAUAUAAAAGAAUGGGCCUUCCAAAUGAUGAUUGGAGUAUAACCGAUAUUAAUGUUGACUAUUCUCUUUGUGAUACUUAUCCACGUUACCUGGUUGUACCUUGUAAUGAAAAUGAGCAAACCCUACGUGAAAGUGCCACUUUUCGGAGUAAAUCUCGAAUUCCCGUUUUAACCUAUCGUCAUACAAAUGGAGCAAGUAUAUGUCGUAGUAGUCAACCUUUACCUGGUUUAUAUAAUACAAGAUGUACCGCUGAUGAAAGGUUAUUAAAAUCUAUUCUUGCUGCCAAUCAAGGAUCAAAAUGUUUAUAUGUUGUUGAUACAAGACCAAUGAUUAAUGCUAUGGCCAAUAAAGCUGCUGGUAAAGGUUACGAAGAUAAAACUUACUAUGGGAAUAUUAAACACCAUUUUUAUGCAAUUGAAAAUAUUCACGUAAUGAGAUCGAGCUUACAAAAAUUAAUGGAUGCCUGUGAACUUAAAGUUCUCUCCGUUAAUGCCUUUCUAAGUGCCCUAGAAGCUAGUGGUUGGCUUAAGCAUAUCAAAUCGGUUUUAGAUGCUGGUCUAUUUAUUGCCACUUCGGUUCGUGAUGGUAUCUCUGUGAUGGUUCAUUGUUCUGAUGGUUGGGAUCGAACAGCUCAAACUUGUUCCUUAGCUUCAAUUUUACUUGAUCCUUAUUAUCGGACAAUAGAUGGUUUUGAGGCUCUCAUUGAGAAAGAAUGGUUAGCUUUUGGCCAUCGAUUUACGAUGAGAUGUGGUCUUAUCCAACAACCCGAUCCAAAGCAAAUUGCACCCGUUUUCACCCAAUUUAUUGAUUGUGUUUGGCAAAUCACUCAACAGUUUCCUUUUGAUUUUGAAUUUAAUGAGAAAUUUUUACAAACUCUUCAUGAUCACGUUUAUUCUUGUCAAUUUGGUACAUUUAUUGGUAAUUGUGAUAAAGAGAGAUUUGAUUGGAUGCUCAAGGAAAACACUUUCUCACUUUGGGCUUUAUUCGACGCUGAUAGAGCCGAAUAUGUUAAUCCACUUUAUUAUAAACGACGUUCCAUUCCCAAUGGACUUUUAGGUUUCCUCGAAAUUAAUACAUGCCCUCAAGUGGUUCGUUUUUGGAGAUCAAUGUACAAUCGAUUUGAUAUUGGAAUUCAUCCGAGGGAAUCAAGUGAUGAUUUAAUUUUUUUUACCUACAAACAUAUUCAAAGCUUAGAGGAUCACAUACGAUUCUUGGAGGAGAAUAUCAAAGCUCAAGAGGAAAGAAUCAAGAAAACGAAACAAUCAAACGGUCCAAAUUCAUCUGAUCUGAUAGACAAAAAUGGGGAAGAGAUUGAAGAUCUUAAUAAGCAAUCAUUUUUCGGUGAUUCAUUUGAUUCUAUUGAUUCACCUUUACGAAUUGUCCAAGAAUGUAUGAUGAGGCUCGAGGCUAGAAUAGCCGCUGGAAAGGAAGCCAACGAAUCCAAUGGUCUAAAUGAGGAAACCUCAUCUUCAUCCGCUUCCUAUGGUAAAGAUGAUGAUUACAACUCGGCGGAUGAAGUUGAAACUAACCUUGAGAAUCAUGGUGCUAAUGUAAUCAUCGGUAAAACGACUAAUGGAAAAGCCUUAAGUAAAGAGGAAACAAUUGAUUCAACUGAAGAAUAUGUUAAUCAAUUAGUCUCUUGUAUGGAAUCUGUUGCUCUCGAUUGGCAAUCUUUUCGUAACUCGAAAGAGUGUCGAACUUGUUUCUAUAUAUUUAACGAAUCUAAUGCUCGAUUUCACUGUUGGGCUUGUGGACAAAUAUUUUGUAUCCGUUGUAUUAAAAAGAAAAUGAUUCUACCAGGUCAUCGUUUAAAUCAGCAACAAUUAACAAGUGAGAAAACAGAUCAACAAUCAGAAUCAUCUUCAGGAAAAUUAACUAAUCAACAAGAUGAUUCUUCAUCGGGACCAGAGCAAUCAACAAACCACAAACACUAUGACAAUAAUAAACAAUCAACUGUUGAUGUUAAUGAUUAUAAUGAUUCUGUUUUUAACGAUCCAUUAGGUGUUAAUUUACCUACAGCUGAAACCAUUAACACAAUUAAUAAAUCAUCAUCAUCAUCAAUCACAACGAAACAACAACAAGUAGUCACAAAUGAAAAUACAAUCAACGAAUCAACUGUUAUCCAAAUGGAUGAGAAAAAAGUUCCCGUUUGUUUAAAUUGUUUCAAAAAUAUCACCUCAGGUCAUUCCAUGGAUUACAACAAUUAACUAAACUCUAUCAACAAUCAAAUCUAAUUAAACACUAAACCCCAUCAUCCAUGAUUGCCAAUUGUCACCAAUCAACAAACAAACAAACAACAGUUAAUAUUAUUACACCUUUAUCAUUAUUAUUAUUUUAUUUUAAAUUAAUACUCUUAUAAAUAUAUAAUUGAUUAUAAUGAUGAUAAUUAAUUUAAUCAAAUUUAAUUAUUAUCCAUAUUUAACAAAACAAAAACAAAAACAAAAAAUAUUAUAUAAACUGAAAGAUUUUAUGUAUUUUAAAUUAAACAAAACUGUUAAUAAAUUGAUUUAAACUAAA